CGUGUGCCAGCAGCCUGGUCCCCCCCCGUCGCCUGCUCAGGCCAGAAGACGCGGCGAAAUCUUGUCACCUGAGCCGACCCCCACAUCAAGGCUCGCGGGGCGAAGGGAGGCCAAGGCCAUUCAGCCCGCGAGAAGAACUAAAGCCCACACAUCCGCCGCCAGAACGAAGCCGCCUGCGGGGCCCCCGAAGCUGAUAAAGGGCGUGAACGUCCCCGGAUGGAAGAUGGCAGCGGAGCGACGCUCUAGCAAUGUUGGGACCCGCGCCGCCACUCGAUGGCCGGAAGUCUUUCGGACAUGCGGAAGCGGAAGUUUAGGUGGUCGGCGACCCGGAUUGUUUGCUGCUGUCUCAGGCCAGCCGCGGAGAGGAACCGGUGCUGCUGGACGGGGCGGAGUGGGGCGGGACAGGACGGGAGCGGAGCGGAGCGUGUCAGCUGCUCACUGGAGCGGCAGCCGCAGCAGCUCCCGCCCUCGAGCGCCGUCGUUGUCACGGGCGGAGCGUGAGUCCAGCUCCGGGAUGAACAGGAGGAGGGAAGGAGGCGGCGGUUGUGCCGCAGUUGCGCGCCGGGUGACAGGUGUUAACUGCAAAAUGGAAAUUCUGAUUGCACUGUGCCUGUUUAUCUCCUUGGUAAAGGCAGAUUCUAAAGCAAUUACAACAUCUCUUACUACAAAAUGGUUUUCUACACCAUUAUUAAUAGAAGCAAGUGAAUUUUUAGCAGAAGACAGUCAAGAGAAAUUUUGGAAUUUUGUAGAAGCCAGUGAAAAUAUUGGAUCAACGGAUCAUGAUGGUACUGAUUAUUCCUAUUACAAUGAACUAUUGAAGACAGCAUUUCAUUAUCUGUCACCUCUUCAGCAGAACUUGCUGAAAUUUUCUCUGUCGCUUCGCUCCUACUCAGCUACAGUUCAAGCCUUCCAGCAGAUAGCAGCUGAUGAACCUCCACCGAAAGGUUGUCACUCAUUCUUUUCAGUGCAUGGAGAGAAGACUUGUGAUUUUGACACACUUGGAGCCCUUUUACAGACAGCAUCUAAAAGACCCAAACCAAAUUUGUUCAAAGGGGAUCACAGAUAUCCGUCCUUAAAUCCUGGAAGCCCGGUGGUGAUACUCUACUCAGAGAUUGGCUCUAAAGAAUUUUAUAAUUUCCACCAUCAACUUGUAGCAAAAAGCAGUUCAGGGAAAAUAAAUUAUGUACUCAGACACUAUAUAUCAAAUCCUAGUAAGGAAAGAGUCUACCUUUCGGGGUAUGGUGUGGAAUUGGCUAUCAAGAGCACAGAAUACAAGGCCAAGGAUGAUACUCAGGUGAAAGGAACUGACACGAAUGCUACAGUAAUAGGUGAAAAUGACCCUAUUGAUGAAGUUCAAGGAUUCCUUUUUGGAAGAUUAAGAGAACUCCAUCCUGAUAUGAAGGACCAGUUAAAGGAACUCCGGAAGCAUCUUGUGGAAAGUACCAAUGAAAUGGCACCUCUGAAAGUUUGGCAAUUGCAGGAUCUAAGUUUCCAGACUGCUGCCCGAGUCCUGGCUGCACCUCUUGAGGUAGCUUUGGUGGUUCUAAAGGAUCUCAGUCAGAAUUUUCCUACCAAAGCUAGAGCAAUAACGAAAACUGCUGUUAAUCAGGAACUCAGAAUUGAAGUGGAAGAGAACCAAAAGUACUUCAAAGGAACUUUAGGAUUACAGCCUGGAGAGUCUGCCCUGUUCAUCAAUGGAUUGCACAUUGAUUUAGACACACAGGAUAUAUUUAGCUUGUUUGAUGUGUUGAGGAAUGAGGCUCGUGUUAUGGAGGGACUGCACAGACUAGGAAUAGAAGACUUAUCUUUGCACAAUAUUUUGAAACUGAACAUCCAGCCAUCAGAUGCAGACUAUGCUGUGGAUAUCAGAAGCCCUGCUAUUUCUUGGAUCAACAACCUUGAAGUUGAUAGUAGGUAUAGUUCCUGGCCUUCCAGUCUACAGGAGCUACUUCGACCUACCUUCCCUGGAGUUAUCAGACAAAUCAGAAAAAACUUCCACAAUUUUAUUAUCAUAGUUGAUCCAGCUCAUGAAACUGCAGUAGAAUUGAUAAAUGUAGCUGAAAUGUUCCUCAGUAAUCAUAUACCACUAAGAAUUGGUUUAAUAUUUGUGGUUAAUGACUCUGAAGAUGUUGAUGGGAUGCAGGAUGCUGGAGUGGCCGUUCUUAGAGCAUAUAAUUAUGUUGCACAAGAUGUGGAUGAUUAUCAUGCCUUCCAGACUUUGAUAUCGAUAUAUAACAAGGUAAAAACUGGAGAAAAGGUGAAAGUUGAACAUGUUGUCAGUGUUCUGCAGAAGAAUUAUCCAUAUGUGGAAAUAAAUAGUAUUUUGGGGAUUGACUCUGCCUUUGAUCAAAAUCGGAAGGAAGGAAGAGCUUACUAUGAGCAGACAGGAGUGGGUCCUUUGCCAGUUGUGCUGUUUAAUGGCAUGCCAUAUGAAAAGGAUCAGCUGGAUGCAGAUGAACUGGAAACCAUCACAAUGCAUAAAAUCCUGGAGACUACAAGCAUCUUCCAAAGAGCUGUGUACUUGGGUGAACUGUCUCACGAUCAAGAUGUGGUUGAAUAUGUCAUGAACCAGCCCAAUGUUGUUCCACGAAUCAAUUCCAGAAUUUUGACAGCUGAGCGGCAGUAUCUGGAUUUAACAGCAACUAAUAACUUUUUUGUGGAUGAUUAUGCUAGAUUUUCUCUUUUGGAUUCACAAGAUAAGACUGCAGCUGUAGCCAAUAGUAUGACCUAUUUGACAAAGAAAGGAAUGUCUUCCAAGGAGAUCUAUGAUGAUUCUUUUAUUAGACCAGUAACCUUUUGGAUUGUUGGGGAUUUUGACAGCCCUUCUGGAAGACAGUUAUUAUAUGAUGCCAUCAAGCACCAAAAAUCCAGUAAUAAUAUUCGAAUUAGUAUGAUCAAUAAUCCUCGUGAAGAACCACGUUUUGAGAACACUCGAAUCUCCAGAGCUCUCUGGGCAGCUCUCCAAACACAAACAUCUAACUAUGCCAAGAAUUUCAUCACUAAAAUGGUCAAGGAGGAGACUGCAGAAGCUCUGGCAGCAGGAGUUGACAUUACAGAGUUUGCUGUCGGAGGCAUGGAUGUUGGCCUUUUUAAAGAUGCCUUUGAAUCUUUCAAAGCAGAUUUUAUUUUGUCUCACGCUCUGUACUGUAUGGAGGUUCUGAAGCUGAAGAGGGGAGAAAGGGCUGUGAUCAGCAAUGGACGGAUUAUUGGGCCGUUGAAAGAUAGUGAACUUUUUAAUCAAGAUGAUUUCUACCUACUAGAAAAUAUAAUUCUAAAGACCUCAGGGCAGAAAAUCAAAUCUCAUAUUCAACAGCUCCGGGUAGAGGAAGAUGUGGCGAGUGACUUGGUAAUGAAAGUGGAUGCUCUUCUCUCUGCCCAACCUAAAGGAGAGGCAAGAAUUGACUACCAGUUUUUUGAAGACCGACACAGUGCUGUUAAAUUGAAACCAAAGGAAAAAGAGACAUAUUUUGAUAUAGUGGCCAUUGUUGACCCUGUUACCAGAGAUGCUCAAAGACUUGCUCCACUCCUUAUGGUUUUGACCCAGCUAAUAAAUAUGAAUCUAAGAGUGUUUAUGAACUGCCAAUCUAAACUUUCAGACAUGCCUUUAAAGAGCUUUUACCGUUAUGUUUUAGAACCAGAGAUUUCUUUCACUGCAGACAACAGCUUUGCCAAGGGUCCAAUAGCCAAAUUCUUGGAUAUGCCUCAGUCUCCUCUGUUUACUCUGAAUUUAAAUACUCCUGAGAGUUGGAUGGUGGAAUCUGUCAGAACACCUUAUGACCUUGAUAAUAUUUAUUUAGAAGAGGUGGAUAGCAUAGUAGCUGCAGAGUAUGAGCUUGAGUAUCUCCUGCUGGAAGGACACUGCUAUGACAUCACAACUGGACAGCCUCCUCGGGGGCUGCAGUUUACACUGGGAACUUCAGCAAACCCAGUUAUUGUUGAUACCAUAGUUAUGGCCAAUCUGGGCUACUUUCAAUUAAAAGCCAAUCCAGGAGCCUGGAUUCUCAGACUCAGGAAGGGACGAUCUGAAGAUAUUUACAGAAUCUAUAGCCACGAUGGUACAGACUCUCCCCCUGAUGCUGAUGAAGUUGUGGUUGUUCUCAACAACUUUAAGAGCAAAAUUAUCAAAGUCAAGGUUCAGAAGAAGGCAGACAUGAUGAAUGAAGAUUUACUAAGUGAUGGAAAUCAUGAGAAUGAGUCUGGAUUUUGGGAGUCACUUAAGUGGGGCUUUACUGGGGGUCAGAAGACCGAAGAAGUGAAACCAGAUAAAGAUGAUGUAAUUAAUAUUUUCUCAGUAGCAUCUGGACAUCUGUAUGAAAGAUUUCUCCGUAUAAUGAUGCUCUCAGUUCUGAAAAAUACUAAGACGCCUGUGAAAUUCUGGUUCUUGAAGAAUUACUUGUCACCCACAUUCAAGGAAUUUAUCCCAUACAUGGCAAAGGAAUACAAUUUCCAGUAUGAGCUUGUUCAGUAUAAAUGGCCCCGGUGGCUUCAUCAGCAGACAGAAAAGCAGCGCAUCAUUUGGGGCUACAAGAUUCUCUUUCUGGAUGUACUUUUCCCACUAGUUGUUGACAAAUUCCUGUUUGUCGAUGCUGAUCAGAUUGUUCGCACAGAUCUGAAGGAAUUAAGAGAUUUUAAUUUGGAUGGUGCACCUUAUGGUUAUACUCCAUUUUGUGACAGCCGUAAAGAAAUGAAUGGGUACAGGUUCUGGAAGUCAGGCUACUGGGCCAGUCAUUUAUCUGGACGAAAAUACCAUAUCAGUGCACUCUAUGUUGUGGAUCUGAAGAAGUUUAGGAAGAUAGCUGCUGGAGACAGACUCCGGGGACAGUACCAAGGUCUGAGUCAGGAUCCUAAUAGCCUUUCAAAUCUUGAUCAGGAUUUACCCAAUAACAUGAUACACCAGGUGCCAAUUAAGUCACUCCCACAAGAAUGGCUUUGGUGUGAAACAUGGUGUGAUGAUGCCUCCAAGAAAAAAGCAAAAACAAUUGAUUUGUGUAAUAAUCCAAUGACCAAAGAACCAAAGCUGCAGGCAGCUGUCCGGAUUGUCCCAGAGUGGCAAGACUAUGACCUCGAAAUCAAACAGUUACAGGGUCGUUUCCAGAAAGAAAAGGAAAUGGGAAUCAAGCAUCCAGAGAAUGAGACAAAAGAACCAAGCAUAGAAGGGCUUCCAGCACAUGUAGAAUUAUGAUCCUUGAAGGAAAAAAUGAAGUGAUACUGUUUGAAAGACAAUUUUUAUAUUAAAUACUAGGUUUUUUUUCUGGUAUGUCUACACAACUGCUGAUAAAUUGGAUAGGAGGAUGUUUCCAAGCCUUUUAAAUCCUGGAAUUGUGGGAUGCUGUAUCCAAAUGAAUUAUUCGGCUUCAGAUCAUUGGAAUUAAGAUUAUUCUGGUUUAUACUGCAGGAUAGCUGACUGUAGAUUCUAGAGUUUUGGAGAAUGAAUCUUCUGGGGGUUUCUUCCAGAAGCAGUUCUGUAAUCACAGAGGAAUAUAGCGGCAGACAAGCAGAACGUUGUUCUUUGGGACCCCACAUCACCUCAGUCAGGAGCCCACCCAUGAUACCUAGUCACGGGGAGCAGGACAUCCAAAGUGCACAAGUUCUUACCUCAGUGUUUGUUUGUUGCUGAAGCUAAGCUCUACAAGCUGUACUGUAGAGUAGAACUGUGCCCGAAUGGAUUUUAUUUUAUAAGAAAGAGAGGUAUUCACAUGAUCUGUGUGGUUUGAGGUUUACAGAAAAUUGUUCCCUGUUUCUGAAUAGCAGAUAGAUUGUGUAAUGGAGACCUAAGUCAUGGUUCAUCUGUUUCCUCAGGACUGGCUCAGUACAAAGACUAAAUUCAGUUGGAAGCUACCCAGCAUUUUUGGGGGGUGCUUUGGGGUUGUGGUGGGGUGGCAUAUACUUGCAAGUUGGUCACUCUCUCUUAUGACCCAAUAGUACCACAGUGUCUUUUUAAAAAUAAAAAAUGUCGUUGUCCCAUCCCCCAACCCUGUAAACCUUUUGGUUCAUUGUUUCAUAAAUUUAAUUUUUGUAGCUUUUAAUUUUGUUUUGAGGGGCAGGGGGAAAAAUCAAAUGUUAUAGCUGAUAUAUUUAACAAAAACCAAGGUACAUGAAAUCACCAUAAUCAUAUACCAGGUUAUUACAGUAAUAGGAUUAAGAGGGAAUUCUGAAGGCCUUUUGGGCCACCCUACUUCUCAGUAGGAUUUUAUUUAAAUAGACCGAGUGAUGAUACCCAUAUUUUUGUCAAAGGUUCAUUUCAGAAUUUCAGUCAGUAUCUAUUACCCAAGAGCUUCGUUUUUUUUGUUAUCAUGUCUUUGCACAUUACUUUGUGUUCGUUUUCAUUUACUGUUUUGUUUUAAUCUCUGCAAAUGUUGCUUGAGAAGACAAAGAUUUUGAGUCCACAUAGCUACAUUAUCAAUCCUAAAAGAUGGCCAGUCAAGCAAAUGCCUUCUGUGUCUUAAUUUUUAUACAGCCCUGAAUCACUCUGCUUUUUUUUUCUCUCCUGAGACUGACCAUAGACCUGUGUACAAAUGCCACAUGUGUGACGUGGGGUACCCAGCAAGGCAAUGUUUAAGCUUCCUGGCCCUUUGUGGGAACCUCCCUGGGCCGUAUGCAAACCUGACACUGUUGUGCAUAUUGCUUAUUCCAAGAGAGGUGGGACCUAUCAAAUCUGCCAUUAAAAGCACAGCAAAUUAUCAUAUUUUCAUAUUUUACCUGCUUGAAAGGGUUUUAAAAGUUUUUUUUCUAAAAUGGAAAACUUGCCAUCUCAAAUCUGAUGCUGAUUUUCAGUCAUGUAUUCAUUUGAAACCUUUCUAAAAAGUAAAAAUCGUCUUUUAUAGAAAUUUGGGCUCAUUACCUACCUUGUGCAGAAAUAAAAAUUAGGUUAAGGAUUUGCACCAUCAAAAUGAAUUUAGCAGUUACCAUUCACUUCAAAAUAACAUUUUGGAGUGAGUGACUUGUCGUUAUAGAUUCUUUGUUUUGUUUGCAUCAUUCCUUCCUUUUACCCUUAAAAAUGUAAAGGAACAGGAGAGAAUUUGAUGAUUUGAACCCUAAUUAAGCAAAACCCAGGUCCACAAGUUCUGUGCUGCAAGCAGUUGCUGCAACAUAACCCCUUCCCCCAGAGCUUCUGGAGACUUAGUUGAAGGAAUAUGAACAGUAAUGAUUAAGCACUCUUACUCUGAACAAACAGAAUUGGCUGUACUUCUUCAAUUAAAUUUUGUUUAGCCUUUAGAGGUUGCUACUCUGUAGGGGGAAAAAUCAUGUCCAAAAACUUAUGUUCCAGGUCUCCUCAAAAAUUUGCUAUGGCAAUAGGAGAUAAUUAAAUAAACAUGAUACUAAUUUUUUUAAA